AUGGAGGCCGUGAAGCGGUGGCAAGCGAAGCAGGCUGCUCAGGCCGAGCACGCUGGCCAUACCUCCGAGCUCUGGCGCAAGAUUAGUUUCUUCGUCUGUGUCCCUGCCAUCAUUGUUACCGCCCUCUGGGUGCGCAAGGUCGAGAACGAGCACGAAGAGCACACUGAGCACCUCAAGCAUGAGAACGGCGGUGAGCUGCCCGCCGUCCCCGAUUACGAGUACCUCAACAAGCGCUCGAGCGGUCCGUUCCCCUGGGGCAUGAACUCGCUCUUCUUCAACCCUCACGUCCAGAAGAACAUGGAGCAGCAGGAUGAGUAG